AACUAUGUGGUGGUCAGAGGGUAUUCUUAUACUGUUAGUGGCGAUACUGCUUGUGCACGGGGAAGAGGGUGAAGAUGAAAAAGAAGAGCCUACUCCACCACCACCACCUCCACCGCCUCCAUUAAAACCUUUGCCCGAUCUGGCCAAGGAUUAUGGGUACGAUGCAGAAAAAUUUGAAAUCAACUCAAACGGCUACACGCUACAUUUAUACCACAUUAAGGGAAAAACCCCAGGCGGUCCUGUGGUACUGAUGCAACACGGCGUGAUGGCAUCGUCCGACUGCUGGUCCAUCAGAAAUAACAGUUUAGCCUACGUCCUAGCCGAUGAGGGUAAAGACGUUUGGCUAUCGAACGUGAGAGGAACAGUUUAUGGGCGAAAACAUGAAAAGUUCAAUCCUGACACCGAUGAAGAAUUCUGGAAGUUCAACAUACAUGCUUAUGCUUUCGAGGAUUUGCCAGCCCAUAUCGACUUUGUCAUGGAAAAGACCAAAGCGACUCAAAUAUAUUAUAUUGGACACUCAAUGGGGACGACGAUGUUUUUGCAACUGAUGUCGUCCAAGCCUGAGUACAACGCUAAAAUAAAAAAAGCCGUGCUAUUAGCGCCUGUUUACUACUGCCAUAAAUUUCAGUUCAUGCUCAGCAAAGGCACCUCCAUGUACCAGAUGGCGGUCGACACGAUGAAAGGGUUUGAUGAGAAGAAAAUAUGGGAAGCAUUCCCUAGAAGUGACGUUCCAAAGACAGAACACCAGAUGAACUGUUCCAACAUACCGGAUAUGGCAGUCUCUUACUGCAAAAUGGGCAUGGACAUGACUAAACAAUAUGUCGGAGAGUUCUUACCAGCAGGAACGUCAAUCUAUAUUUUAAAACAUUUCAUGCAAAUCUAUACUGAAGGUGUUGUGAAACCGUAUGACUUCGGCGUGGAAGAGAAUAUGAAGGUUUAUAAAAACGAAACCCCUCCAAAUUACGAUAUCAAAAACAUCAAAACUGAAGUUCAUACCAUUUUCUGCGAGUCGGAUCAAGUCGUCGAUCCCGCUGACGCGGAAGCUUUGAUGAAAGACCUUCCAAAUCCAGGGACGUCCACGUACAUAAAGAAUGAGCAGUUCAGCCACAUCGACUUUCUCCUGCCGACAUCGCCUGAAGUGGAAGAAGACUUUGCAAAACUGCAAGAUAAGAUAAAGGAGAUUUUGAAAAAUUGAAAUUUUGGACUUACGCACUUAUUCCUCAAGAUGAAUUGCAUAAAUAACGAACAGAUUUUUUGGAUUUUAAAAUGCUGUAAUAUUUUCAAAAAAGAACAGUAUUACGUUAAAAUAAAUUGCAACUCCAAUCGGAUAUGUGUUUA